AUGGCCAAAGGUAAACGGCGUCGCAAAAAUCGAUCUGAUGAUGAUGAUGAUAAUUGUAAGUUUAUAAAAAAAUUAAAAUAUUACAAAUUAAAACUCCAAUUACUUUAUUGUGUCUGGAUAAUAGCUGACAGUUAUAUUGAAGAUAAUAGAAAGCUUAAUUCAAGUGGAUAUUCUGGUAAUACUUCACGAGAACGAAAAGAAGUUGCAUUAGUAUUAGCAGAAGAUGAAUUAGAUAAUGACAGAAAUAUAACGUGGUCAUCAAUUGCUGUUGAUCCAUCAAAACUUCCUAGAAGAUUCUUCUGUGUUGUUUGUGGAUGCUUUGGGAAAUAUAGAUGCUAUGAAUGUUAUAAAAGUAAAUCAAAUCAAAUAAAUAGAUAUGUAUGUUCAUUGCGUUGUUAUAAUAUUCAUAAAGAUGUUGAUUGUGGAAAACCGAAAAAUUCCCUUAUUUGGUAA